AUGCUUUAUUUAUUCUUCUCUACUAUCUCUUUCCCUCGGCGCUUUGGCCUUGAAGCUGAAGUCAUCAGGACUCCUCCUCCUCAGAAACGCCAGAAACAAGGCCCUGCCACCACAUCGCCAAAUACAGCCAGCAAAGAAGUCUUAGCGCCUCCAGCGCCACUGGCACCCAAACCGAAUGCGGACUUGCUUCAACCUCCAUCGUCCCCUUCAAACCCGCGCAAGCGACGAGCAUCUCACAGCCCCAAGUUGGACACUCUUCCUCCUGGAUCCGCGAUGGCUGCCGAAGCAAACCCUAAUGUUUCUAUCCCAGCCUUGCUCACCGAAGAAACGGGCAAAAAGCGGGGCCGAACCAACACUCCAUGGACUCCCCAGGAGGAGCAAAAGCUGAAGCAAAUGCGUGAUGCUGGUCUCAGUUGGAGUGAGAUUGCUAAAGCCUUUCCUGCUCGCACUGAAGGCAGUGUUAAGAAGCACUGGUACAAGGAUAUGCACUACGCAGAAUUUGGUGAGGAUGAGUCAGCUGCACUUCAAGAAGCCAUCAAAGAAUAUGACGCGAACAAGUGGAAAGCUAUUGGUGCCAAACUAGGCAAGCCAGCAAAGGCAUGCGAGCAAUACGCCAAAGAGCAUUUCAAGAACAGCUGA